AUCUUUCCCUUUCUCGUUACAGCCCCUACAGCUACGUCCAAGGUUUGAUGUUGCAAACAGAAAAGGCACUCUGGUCUCUUUCGUGACACCAACGUCGUGCGAGAAUGAGAUGGAAGACGCACAAAAUGCUACACGCCCACGUCGAGGCCCUCCUUUCCCACCAGAAGCAUACCAUCUUCUUCAAGAGGAAGAAGAGCAGAAACACAUAUUCCUAUCCUUCAUCGACCACUUGGACGAGCCGUACACGCAAAUAGCAUCGCUCACAGAACCUCGCGCGUAUGCCAGGGCCGAUCAAUUUGAAAAUGAGGGUUCCAAAAAUACGGUCAAGAUUCAAGAAUCGCCAACCAUUGACGAUGUGGCAUGUCCCCCCUCACGGUACGGUCCAGUCGGUACUUUUUUCUCUUGGAGUGGAUUGCCAGCACGAGUUGUGGUAGGAGCAUUGGCCUACUUUGCCUUUCCCGUGAUUAUUGAUAUUUUGGAAACAUUUGCUGCUGUGGACUACACACAGGAUACCGUGGUUGAUUUGAGCUUUCUGCAGCGAAUUCGGUUCAUUUAUCCAACAACCUACAUGGAUAUUGGAGCAGAGCCUGCUUCCAAGAUUGUCGAGGUGACCAUCACGGAGGAAGAACGAAAAAAUCUGGCAUCCUUGGUAAAUCUAUACAUUCCUGGAAUUUCCAUUGUGCUCGGUACUUAUAUCUCAAUGACACUGAACAUCCUGUAUGAAAGGAUGAGACGACUACAACUCACUAUUACGGAAGAAGCAAGCAUGUUGGCAUUCUGUUUCCAAGUCCUCUUGGAUUUGUUCUCCAGAGACCGAAACAACUUGAUACCCAGCACCCAGUCCAUUGCGGAUCAAAUCCAUGUCUUGUUGCGGGAGUCUCGAGGAAAGGAGACUAUGCGAAUCAUUUACAAUGAUCCGCUGGCAAACAUAUUGAGGAUUGUCCAACGCUACAGUAGAAAACCAAACAGUUGCACUGGUAACGACGCGACUCUGGUGGGAGUUGUGAGGGACUGCAUCCGACAACUCUAUGAGCUCCGAUCCAGGCGCAUGAACGACGAAGCUCUGUUCUUGGCGCCUACUCACUACGAUGUCAUGACCUUUCUUUCCAUUCUGUUACUGGUGGGGGUUGCCUUGGGAACCGUUGCUACAGCGCAAACUAACGGAGUCCCCACCGAACUGUCCCGGAUUCUAUUUGCCAUUUUGGUGGUUUGCUACACAACCAUUUACGAGAUGAGCUAUGAUCUCAAUCGUCCCUUUGAUGGGAGCUAUCAGUUGCGACGAUCAGGGGCAGCUAUGCACUUUUUGCAAAUCAAAAACAUGGUUGCCAACCACCCGGUAUUGAGACGCGAGAUUACAUUUUCCCCUGAUAUAGAUGAAACACUACUCGACGCUGACAAUAAGGAGAUUUCCGAGACGAUUGUGAAUGGAGAAAGUCGCAAGGCUGCAAGCUAUGAACGCCGCAAGCGAGACAUCUGGUACAACUAAUCAACCUGUUGCAGUAGGUGGGUGGAAUUGGCUUGUGUUCAUUUGAGGAGAGUUUUGAGUGUAACGUAGAAUUGAUUGAAUGAUUCUACGGUCGGUCGGAUAGAGCCAGUUGAACCUGCACGGAUGAGGCGAACAGCAAGUUUGACAGAUGCCGAGGUGCUGAAAGCGGGCUCUGCAAAGUCUGCAAAUGCCAAAGUCCUAUAAGUUUUGCUGAUAGACAAGAACCAGAACAAGGUGAGCAAAAGGUUCCGAUGAGAAGACCGCCGGCAAGCGUACCGUAGGAACAAGGAACUACAAGCGGCAACUACAAGAGGUACGAGAAUCAUUUUUGUCUUUUUUCUUAUAAAAUAAUAGUUAUGCUAGAUACAAACA